UAUUAACGAAUCAUACAAAAAAAAUCAGAAGAGUUCUGAGAGAGAGAGAGAGAGAGAGAGAGAACGAAAGGUCUGAACCCUAAAAUAUCGAUUCCAGCCACUGCCAUUCAUAUCCUCGCCGCAGUUGCGGCCAUGUCUCCUCCAUCAAAGCGUCGUCGGUGGAGUUAUGAGGAUGAGGUGAUCGUGGAGCUUCUCAAUUCGUGGAACUCUCGCCUCUCGGGAUAGUAAUGCUUUAUAUCUUAGGCUUCUGUGUCGUCUUUCACGGCGGGCACUGCCGCUGAUUCUACUUUUGCUCCAGCGGCUUGAAGCACUCAAAGAGCGGUUUGGGCGCAGACUCGGUGGUGCUGGCUGAGUAGAUCUAUAAGGCGAGCGAGCGAAAGACUUUGGAAGCUUCGAUUGAAGCUGCGAUAGUGCGAUCGAAGCUAUCAAAUCUUGUGGAACUAAUUCUCAUGUCGUUCCGAGUCAUUGAGGUUGGAAGAGUUUGCUUGCUGUUGGUCCAACUCUUCUCAAGGACUAAUCUCUUUUGCAGCUUUAUCGUUAUGCUUGCUACUGUCCGAUGUGAAGAAAUUUCCCGGGAGAAGUAUAAAGCUGCAAAGAAGGAAUUGCAUCAAUUGGAAGAGGAUAUGAAACGUAGCCCUACUGAAUAUUUGAACAAGCUCAGUUUACAAAUUGAUACUUGUUUGUCAGAGUCUCUGUUUGCUUCUAAGGCGAUAAAAGCCAGAGAUUGUAUUUUGAAGGUUCCUUAUAGAGUGCAAAUAACAGCAGAUAAUCUCCCUGCUAAGAUCAAAUCUCUUAUCAGUGAGGAAGUUGUGAAUGUUGCAAAACUUGCUGUUCUUCUUCUAAUUGAGGAGAAAUUGGGUCAGGACUCUCAGUGGAAUCCUUAUAUCUGCCAUCUACCAUGGCAAGAGGAGUUGACAUAACACGGCAGGUUUUCUUUUCAUUUUGGUUUUUGAGUAAUGAUCUUUAUCUUUUUAACAUGGUAAAAAUUGUUCUUGUUACAUGGUGUAUGACUAUGAUUUAUUUAUUUUUCUUUUACACAUUUCAUUACAUUGUGUUAUUAUAAACUAUAUUAUUAACUAUGGUAUUUCUUUUGAUCGUAGAUUUUUUGGAAUGAAAGUGAGUUGGAGAUGAUUCAUUGAAGCUCGGUUUAUUGGGAAACAAUUAAUCAAAAGUCUCAAAUUGAAAAGGACUUCUUGGCGAUCAGGCCUAUAAGUGCUUUGUGUCGGCUAUAUAUAUAUAUAUAUAUAUAUAUAUAUAUAUAUAUAUAUAUGAAUAUUAUAUUCAAUAAUCUUGAAUUCAUAUUGGAAAAUUGAAUUUUGUAUUAAUUGAUAAAAAUUGAAUAAAAUAACUAAAAACAAAAUACAGAAAUGAUAAAAAAUUUACUAAAAAAAUGUAUUUAUUAUAUAUAUAUAUAUAUAUAUAUUAUGAAAUAUAAGUCAUUUUCUAUCAGGGGAGGAAUACACAUAUAUAAUAGGAUGAAACAUCUAAGAAAAAACUAAUCAAAAUAUAGAAACUUUAUACUAGAAUAGGUAGUCUUGGAGUAUGGAGUAUAAGAGGUCAUGAUGAAUUGAUUACUUCUAUAUUUAAAAUUUAGAAUCAUCAAGAGUUCUUUCAAUCAAAAUUAAAGAAAUGUAUUAAGGAUAGUAGAAGAACAACGUUUGAGACAGAAGAUCUUGGGGUUUCUAUUCUUCAAGAUUUGCAUACACAGCGACAGUCUCUACUGCAAGCAAAUAACACGGUAAUGUUUAACUUUCUUGAAUAACUAACGAUUUGUCUGCAUUUCUUUUGGUUAUUAAUUAUAUUUUAGGAACUAUACACCCCUGAAAUAAAAACUUAGGCAGUAUUUUGACUUUUAUCUCUGGGAUUUGACUCUCAUGUGGCAUUUGUAUAGUGUGUUUCUAGUUUCUUAACUUUAUUUGCGAUUGAAGAUAUGCUCUUCUGUCUAUUGAUGGUUAUGUCAUCUCAUGCAGCUUUAUGGAGUAAUAUUCUAUAGUUAUAAUCUCUUCUAUAGUUAUAUUCUAUAGUUAUGUUCAUUGUUCAAGAGUUUGGACAUAAGUCUGUAUUUUAUCAUGUUAUUUUUAAUAUUUUGUAGUUGUAAUAAUGUGAUUAGAAAAUGAUGGUAGUGUACUAUAUUUUGUUUUAAAGUAUUUCUUUUAUUUUAAUUUUUUCUACAUUUUUAAUGUCUUGCUUAAAUAUUUCUUUUUAAUAAUAAAUGAUUAGUAGUGUAAUAAUAAUAUAGAUUAAUUUUUAAAAAUUAUAUUGACUGGUUUGAAACCUCUACAAAAUAAUUAUUAUUUUUAAAAUGAAAAAGUCUUUUUUGUGGGGGUUUUAAAUCACCACAAAUAUUGACCAAGAACUGCCACAAAAGUUCAAUAUAAAACCCCACUAAACACACACAAAACCCCACACUGAAUAGAUUGUGGAGGUUUUUAAAAAUCUCCACAAAAAACCUCGUGGCACUUCAAAUUUUUGGGGUUUUAAGAACCCCCACAAACUAUUCGGUGGGGGGUUAUAAACCUCUACAAAUAAGAAAAAAAAUUAUCACAAAUAAACAAAAAUCUUGUAGUGUCGGUAUGUAUAACAUAAUGGGCAUAUUCGUUAAAUGGGUUGCUAGUAAGAGGCUGAUGUAUGUUGUUUUAUUUUAUUUUAUUUUUUUGAAAUUUAACGUGUGGAGUGGGCUGAGUGAGAAAGAAUUUAAUAAAGUCCAAUAUUUAGUAGAAUAAUUGUCUUAGGUUUUGGAAGGUUGUUAACGCCGAACGAUAAAUAAAGAAAGUUGUAAGGUAUUUUACGUAAAGUAGUAAAAUAUAUUGGUAAUUAAUACAAAUGCAAUACAUGUAAUCAUGAAUUCUUUGAUUAAUAUGUAUAAAUUUGUAUUAGAUCAAA